AUGGCAGACCAAGGCUUCCAUACUAGAUCAAACAGCAUGCCUACAAGAUCCCACCCCAUGAUAGCCACAGCAGAGGAAGAAGUGAACAAGCUAAAAGCUUGUGUCAUGGUUUCACCAAAUAUGAUCUGCAAAUCAUUGAGAAGUCUUGUUGUUUUCUAUGACUGCAUUGAAGAGCUUCUUCACUUGCCUAGCAGUACCCAACAAGCCCUUUCUCAUUCUCAAGAGAAGAAAUGGGUGGAAGAGGAGUUGGAUUCUUCUCUAAGAUUGGUAGAACUAUGUGGUACCCUUAGAGAUACGUUGGCUGCAACAAAAGAGCAUGCUCAAGAACUUGAGAUGGUUCUAAGAAGGAAAAGAAGCAUGAACACUGAAGGCAAACAUCAGUGUCACAUUCAAACAGAUAAGAAAACGAGCAAGAGUAUCAAGACUUGUCUAAAAUCAUUGAAGCAAAUUGAUGGCAAGGACUCGGGUAGAUCAACUGCAGUGUCUAAGAUGUUCGCUGAAGCAAGAGAUGUCACCAUAUCUCUCUUACAGUCAGUUGCAUCUUCUUUAUCUCCAAGCUCCACACAGAAGACUAGCAAGUGGUCUACUGUCUCAAAGGCAUUGCACAAGAAGAAGGUGACGUGUCUUAAUGCAAAUGGCAUUGAUUUCUCAUUCAAUGUAAUAUAUGAGUGCGUGUCAUGCAAAGAUGUUGAUGGUUUGAGGGCGGUGAAGAUACAAGAACAAUUGACAGCAAUGAUGAGUAGCUUAGAAGGCGUUGAGAUGGAACUAGAGUCUCUCUACAGGAAACUAAUCCGAAUUAGAGUUUCCCUUCUCAACAUGCUAAGCCAAUAG